UGAAUUAGUAGAAACAAUUAUUAUUUAUUACUUACAGUGUUAUAUAUUUAUUCUAUCUAUGUUUUACUAAAAUAAAAGCAGUUAAAUAACUUAUAAUUAUGACUGAAGCAUCAUUUACUAAACCAACAAAUGAUUCGCAGUUUCUUCGAAAUGAACCUGCAAAUUACAUUACCGAAAUUCGUCAAAUGAUGCAUGGAUUUGGAGAUAGUAGCGAGCCAUUAAUUGAAUCCGCAAAAAUCGUAGAAGAGGUUGUUUUGCAACAAAUGAGAACAAUAAUAAAGAAAGCUUGCGAAGUUUCUGAAAGACGAGGAAAUUCGAAAAAAGGCAUUUGUAUUUGUGCGGAAGAUUUGAUUUUUUUAUUACGUAAAAACAAAGUGAAAUUGCAGCGUCUCCUAAGAUAUUUAGAAUUAAAAGAAUUUAAGUUAUCUAUACACAAAACACUAGAUAGUGAUUUACCUGAAGAUAUUAUACAAAAUGAUAAUAUCAAUGGAAUAAAAAUCAGAGGGCCACUUCAUAAUUUUCUUAGUGAAAUUAAUAAUACUGGUGAACUUCUUGAAGAUACAUCUACUAUAGAUGAAGUUAAACAACAAAGGUGUAUUCGUGCUGAAAUUAUGACAAGAUCUAUGGAUGAAGCUAGGUAUUUAAAAUUCAGUAAAGCACGUAAUGUAUCAUUUGCAAAUAAAAGUCGACACAAAUUUAGUGAUUGGAUAGCACCAGAAAACGAUUUAAUAAUAUCAAAACACGCAUAUACAAUUUUGGGCUAUUUAGCAUAUGAAACAGUAGCACAAAUUAUAGAUUUUGCACUUUUAGUAAGGCAAGACCAAAAUAAAAUAUAUGGGGAUGCUAUAGAUCGACUCAGACUUAGUUAUGUUAAUCCAUGUACUUAUAAACCAUAUUAUCAUGGCAAGGUAGCUGUAACAAAACCAAUAACACCAGCUGAAAUAGUUGAAGCUAUUAGACGGUAUUGGUCUCCUCAAUUAGAUAUGACAGGUCCAUUCAAUCGUUGGUCUAUGAGAAAACCACAUUUAAAACUUUUAUCCUGUUAAAAUUAAUAGGCAGGAUACUAAUUUUGCUUCUGUAUCAUGGUGAAAGCAACGUCGAAACACGUACUUUCCCUUCUGCACCACCA